AUAAAAAAUGAGACUUUAUCCUCAAAGUCUCGUCUCAAAUACCAAACAGCCUGUAGGAGUAAUAAAUUAAUUCGACGGGGCGGAAAAUGAGAUGUUGCAUUUAUCGUCCCAAGUAGGAGUAAUUGGGUUUUUCAGUUCCUAUUUAAAAAUUCAGUCAAGGUUGAGGUUGUGUGUUGCUGUACCCGUUAAUGGCUACUUGAAAUCCCACUCCGAACAAGAUCUCUCUUCCCUUUACCUUAGAUAUAGAUACAGAUACAGUUGUUCCUCGAAAAAGAUGGAGUUUCCUCCUGUAGCCAAGAAAGAGAAGCAUGAGAUGGAGUUAUUCGGCGAUGUCAGAGUUGAUGAUUAUUAUUGGUUAAGAGAUGAUUCUCGCUCUAAUCCUCUUGUUCUUUCUCAUCUUCAAGCUGAAAAUUCUUAUACUGAUUUCAUCAUGUCUGGAACCAAACAAUUUGAAGAGAAGCUGUAUAGAGAGAUAAGAGGACGAAUAAAGGAGGAUGAUAUGUCAGUACCUUUACGAAAAGGGGACUACUAUUAUUAUAAAAGGACACUGGAAGGGGAGGAGUAUGUGCGACACUGCAGACGUUCUGCUCUUGAUAAUAAAGGCCAGUUCUCGGUUCAUGAUACAAUGCCAACUGGGCCUGACACUCCUGCUGAGCAGGUUUUAUUGGAUGAGAAUCUUAAGGCUAAGCAGCACACAUACUAUUCCGUUGAUGCUUUUAAGGUAAGCCCGAACAAUAAGUUGAUCGCUUAUGCAGAAGACACAAAAGGGGAUGAGAUUUAUACAGUUCACAUAAUUGACGCGCAAACUCUAGAACCCAUUGAAAAGCCUCUGGUGGGUGUGACAUGUGAUGUGGAAUGGGCAGGUGAUGGGGCCUUAUUGUACAUCACAAUGGAUGAAAUUCUUCGACCAGACAAGGUGUGGUUACAUAAGUUGGGAACAGAACAAUCCAGUGACUGUUGCCUUUACCAUGAGAAGGAUGAAAAGUUUAAUCUUGAUCUUAAUAUUUCCGAGAGUGAGAAGUUUUUGUUUGUUUCAUCUGGAAGUAAAACUACAAGGUUUGUCUUUUAUUUUGACACUUCAAAACCUGAAGAAGGUCUCAAGGUUUUGGCUCCAAGGAUUGAAGGUGUAUCCAUAUAUGCCAGUCAUCGUGGUGGUCAUUUCUUUAUUAGACGAAGGACUGAUGUGUGCUUCAAUUCAGAGUUGCUAGCUUGUCCACUUGAAAAUAUUUCUGCAAUGAAGGUUCUCCUCUCUCAUCGGGAAUGCGUAAAAAUCGCAGCCUUCCAGCUUUUUUUGAACCAUCUUGUUGUACUUGAGCGUGAAGGUGGUCUCCUUAAGGUUGUCGUAUAUCGUCUUCCUGACAUUAGUCAAUCACUUGUAAACCUUUCUGAAGGGCGCAAUGUUGACUUUGUUGAUCCUGUAUAUGAUGUGCACCUUUUGGAGUCGCAAUUUUCUUCCAAUGUUUUAAGGUUUUCAUAUAGUUCCUUGAGGACUCCAUCUUCUGUAUAUGACUACGACAUGGACAGUGGAGAGUGUGUCUUGAAGAAAAGUAAUACGGUUUUAGGUGGUUUUGAUGCAUCAAAUUAUGUGACAGAAAGAAAGUGGGCUACUGCAUCAGAUGGCACACAAAUUCCAUUAUCAAUUGUCUAUCGAAAGGAUCUUGUCAAGCUUGAUGGUUCUGACCCAUUAUUAUUAUAUGGCUAUGGAUCAUAUGAGAUAUGCAUUGAUCCAUCUUUCAAAGCGUCAAGAUUAUCAUUGUUGGAUCGUGGUUUUAUAUUUGUGAUAGCACAUAUUCGCGGUGGUGGAGACAUGGGGAGGAAAUGGUAUGAGAAUGGAAAGUUUUUGAAGAAGCUGAACACGUUUACUGAUUUUAUAGCAUGUGCGGAGUAUCUUAUAGAGAAUAAGUUUUGCUCAAAGGAAAAGCUCUGCAUACAUGGGAGAAGUGCUGGAGGAUUGCUAAUUGGUAGCGUCUUGAAUAUGCGACCUGAUUUAUUCAAGGCAGCUGUACUUGGUGUACCUUUUGUUGAUGUUUUGACAACAAUGCUUGAUCCUUCGAUUCCUCUAACGACUGCAGAGUGGGAGGAAUGGGGUGAUCCUCGAGAAGAGGAAUUCUAUUUCUACAUGAAAUCAUAUUCACCGGUGGAUAAUGUUAAAGCACAAAACUAUCCUCAUAUACUGGUAACAGCUGGAUUACAUGAUCCACGUGUUAUGUACUCAGAACCAGCUAAAUUUGUUGCAAAGUUGCGGGAAUUAAAGACUGAUGAUAAUACACUGUUGUUUAAAUGUGAAUUUGGUGCUGGGCACUUCGCCAAGUCGGGAAGGUUUGAGAAACUCCAGGAAGAUGCUUUCACAUAUACAUUCCUGUUCAAGAUCUUAAACAUGAUUCCUGCCGAUGAAAAUCCAAAACUGUGAAAGGCUAGUUGCCAAAUUUAACCAUAUGGAUGUUUGCAGAAGUCCAUACCCCUUCUAUGCCUCUGGAGGUGAUUGUGUCUUCCUCAGCCAUAAAUGAUGUUUGCAGUCCGGAAAAGCUAUGUAGUCCGACACAGCUCUAGGACUCCGCCUAACCCUGGUGAGGUGCUUAGCAAUUAUGGUAUCUGUCAAUUUUAUAUUUUACCCAAGUUACGCAUGUACUUGUACUAAAAGUGGUGCUUAUUCUCUGAUUAUCAUCAGCAAUUUAAACUUGUUUUCAUUUCCAUUUCAACAAUUUAAUCUGAACUUGUUGGUUGAGAAGAUCCAAUAUCAACAGCGUUUUUCGACUGUUGGGUAGAUCGUAACAAUGUAAUAGCAAACAAUGUAAACGGAAGAAAUUAGAGGACGAUAACAUCCUCAGAAACAUGUUUUGAAUGAAGUUGCAAUAUUUUCAUUUUGUGA